GGUUGAAGAUGAAGACGAAGGGUUGAUCGAAGAGAGAGAGAGAGCUCUUUUUCCUAUUUACGAUCCCCAUCCCAAAAAAAUGAUGACAUCGAAACUAGACCGACUAGUCAGAACAACAGCAGCACCACCAUCCCUCAACCAUCUAUGGGAAAGGGCGAGGAAGACGAGGAUAUUCGCCAGGAGUACAAGACAUGCAAGUUCACAUAUUCAAUCAGGAAGACAUGGCCGUUCCUCGCCUUUCCGGAGUUCGUCUUCCAACGCAGCGGCGGGACCGACGAUAUCCGAGCAGCGGCUGGUCGACUACUUCCGUCUCCUGGCUCGGGUCCAGAAGUCUCAGGAAAGAUCUCUCCUCACAUCUAUCGGAACUCUUUUCGAUCAGGCCGAUCGAUUGGACGGGAUUCCGUUGGAUGCGUUGUUGGAAUACGAGGCCGAUCCGGCAGGUUCUCGACGAGUUUUACGGACAGAUGAUCGGGGGUUGGAGUCUUUAGGACGCGAUGAUGGCGAAGUUCCGACGGCUUCUCCUUCUAUUUCAAGCACUGAUACUGAUAGUCAAGAGGGCCAGCAGGAGCUUGAAGGAAGACGAUUAAUAGGAACCGGGAUCCUGUCUUUGUCGUACAUCAUCGCACCCAUCGAUCGAGCGGUUUCCGAGACGCACCGGUCGGUCGAUCGUGACACACCAUCACAAGAACACGAACAACAACAUGUGGUAACCUGUACCGGAUUCCUGGUCCAAUCGCAAGCUUCGAACGAACGGAUCUUGGUCACUUGCGCUCACACAUUAUGGCAGAGUCGUGCACUCUUACAACAGUCUCAUCACAAACAGUCGCAAUUGGAAGAGGAUUCGAGGGACAGAAAUACUGCUUGUAAUAUUUGCUCCGGGUGCGUGGCUCGUGAUCAGCUCGGGAACGUCUUCUUGGUCAAACAUGUGCUCGGGGCUUUGGCUUCGGCAGACUUGCUCUUCUUCAAACUCCUCCUCCUUCCCUCUCCCUCAUCCGCAUCGUCAUUAUCGUUGCAACAAGAAGAUCUGGUCGAACAAAACGAGGUUUCUCUGAUCGAUUCUUUUCGUCAUUUCUUUAGUUUGAUUGAUCAUCAUGAUUCCAAUAAUCUCAAAGAGUUUAGAACUUUGCCCGUUUCUCCCUAUCCUCUUCCUCUCAAGUCUCCCAUCUCUGUCCCUCAAUUGUCCCCCUCUUCUUCUUCUUCUCAUCAUAUCGAUCGAGUUUGUUUCCAAUGGGAAGUUGGAAGAGUGGUCGAGUAUAAAGAUACUAUGGGAAUCAAAGCUACCCCAGGGACAUAUGAUCCAUUAAACACGAUCAUAUUCGACGUAGUCCCAAGGAACGGAUCCUCAGGGGCUCCGAUCGUCGACCAUCAGAACGGGACCGUCGUCGGAAUGGUCCGAGGCUUCCAAUCGGCUUACGAUCUUAAUCGGCCGCUCGGGUUCGGGACCGUCUCUGAACGGUUUUGGGAGCUCUUCCUUUUGCCUGGCUUUCAUUCUCCUCCUUCUUCUACUCCUUGAAAUAUAGAUUCUCUUCUUUCGCUUCGUGUUUCUUUCUCUCCCUCUCUUUCUCUAACCUGUAGAUCACCAUCUUCUGCUGGUUUUUAUUUGUUUUGACUGGUGUUCAUUCUAUUAUGUAUCUGUCUUGGUUUGUUUAUGAAUGAUCUGGCUAGACAUUCGUGUUUGUGUAUCUUUAAUCUGUACUCUUUUUUUUACAGAAAGGACAACACCCCAAAAUCCCUGCAUAUUGCACCACAGUCAUCAUCAUCAUGAUCAUUAACAAUACCAAUAUGUAGUGACCAAAAUGGCAAUAAAUUAUUCGACUUUCCCACAGGAAGGAGAUAAAAACGGAAAACACAUUAUAACUACGCUGU